CCCAGCGCACUUUUCUUUUAUUUUUAAACUAGACAAUACAUAUAUCAUGUCGGCCAUCGCAAGAGCGCUGCCAAAGACCAACAAUGGUGCUGGCGCUUUCGUACUUCAAUGCAAAAGCUUGGUGUUCAACUACUGCGAACGAUGGGGAUCUAACAAGGGCAUGAUUGAAUUCAUCAAGAAGGAUCUCGCCAACUUUGCACGCGAAAACCCACAAAUUGAAAUUAUCGUGGAGCCAAGACCUCACCACCAUCCUGUCGUCCGUGGCAACUAUUUGAAUGGUCGCGACAAAGUUAUCUGCACACGCAACAUGACACCUUCAGAAAUUGCGAAGAAAGUUGAUCUUUUGCGCGACUCAAGCGGUGCCAAAUUGAAGAACUUGGCAAAGAAGCCUGUCAUUUCCACGACUGAGAGCGUUCGAGGCGUUUGGUCACCAUUCCAUACAAACCCUCAUACCAUCUAGACUCUUUUUAUGUUUCGUAUACUUUGCUUCUUUCUCUCUCUCCGUCCCUCUCUUUCUCCCUCUUUACACACAUACAUACACACAUCCUUUUUUGCACCAUAUUUCUUUUCCUCAAUUGUAUAAAAAGCAAAACCGUUGUCGUUCGUCAUUUGAUCGCUGGA